AAUUGAUAACGUUAAAACCUAAAGUAGGGUUUCAAUUAUAGUCCGCUGGCUGUUCAUGGUCCUUAUUUACCUCGACCCUAGUUGUGUUCUGUGUUUCUGAAACCCGCGAAGUGGAGUUCAACAGGCGGGAAACCCUCUUUUGAAUCUACAACAAUCCCCCACUGUUUUCAAAACCCUAAUCCACUUCCACCCACUGUUUCUCUUCCUCCUGUAUAAAAUAGCUGUUUUUUUCGUCGAGUCUCAGUAAUUAUUAUUUUUUAUGGCGACAACGAUUACAGAGAACAGCAAUCUUGUUGAUGCCAAAGAGAAUAGUGAAAUCGACGACAUGGCGAUGGAUGUCGAGGCUGCUGUUGAAGACCAGGAACGAUGUCACGUUGGUGGUGUUGUUGACUGUGAACCUUCGUCUUUGCCUUCUUCUCAUACACUGUCUCUCAACCACGAAAAAGCAGUAGAAACCAAUAUUAUGUCUUUAUGUCCGGCGACAACGAUUACAAAGAACGGGAAUCUUGUUGUGGCCCAAGAUAGUGGAAACGUCAAUGACUUGUUGAUGGAUGUUGAGGAUGCUGUUGAUGAUCAAGAACGACGUCGUGCUGGUGUUGAUGUUAGCGGUGUACCUUCGUCUUUGCCUUCUUCUCACACUCUGCCUCUCAAUCACGAAAAAGUAGAACUUAAUACUAUUUCUUCAUGUUCUGAUGUUGCACGUAGCACGAAGGGACUCUUGGCUGAAGGGAUAGAAAACCAAGAAACAAAAACGGAACGAUCUGAUUCCAUUAAUGGUGAUGGGGGUGAAGAACAAAACGGUAUUUAUAAAUCUGAGCCGAAAGUGGGUCUUCCGAAGAAGAGAGGUUGGCCAAAAGGUAGGAAAAGAGGUCCGAAAAGGGACAACGCGAACAGUAAUACUGCUACUAAAUCUCAAGAGAAGAACAUUAAACCACGUGGUCGUCCCAAGCAGGCUGUAACUACGGAAGACGUAAGGAAGAUGACGAGUGGUGUUGUGAAGUCUAGUGAUGAUGAUAACAGGUCCCUAGAAGAAACAGAAGAAGUUAUAGUUGAUGCUGAAAUUGUUCUUGCUGCUCCUGAUCGAGAGGAAAAUGUUACCACCGAAAUAGUAAACAACAAAGAGGACAAAAUAGAUGGCGGGAGGCCCAAAAGAAGUAGCACGAAAAACAAAAUUAAUUACGCAAUUUUCGAAUAUGAUUUUGAUGAUGAAGAGGAUUUACGGAAGAAGAUACACCAGCUAUCUUUUCCAAAGAAAAAAAAGAGGGUUGAAGAGGAACAAGAUAAAGAUAAUGGUGAUGGAGGUAUAGAACAAAAUGAGGGUACUAAAUCUGAAGCAGAGGGGAAGGAGGGUGUUCAGAAUAAAGGCAGGAAAAGAGGUCGGAAAGCGAAGAACGAGAACACUGGUAUUGCUACUAAAUCUCCAGAGAUGAAGAUUAACCAACGUAAGAAACUCUGUGUUCCUGCAAAAGAAGUAAGGGAGAUGACUAGUGGUGCUGUGAAGUCAAGUGAAGACGAGACCAAGGCCCCAGGAGAAACAGAAGAAGGUAUGGUUGAUGCUGAAACUGCAAUUGCUACUUCUGAUAGAGAGGGAAACGUUACCAAUGAAGUAAUAAUAAACAGUAAAGAUGUAAAAAAAGAGAGUGGGAGGCCCCAAAGACGUUCUAGGAAGGUUGAUAUCAAUUAUGGUGACAUUUUGAAACUAAAUAAGGGAAGCCAGAAAGCUUCUAAGAAAGAAAAUACGAGUGAAGGGGAACACGAUAAGAGAACCCAAAAAGCUUCAAGCUCAGGCAAGAAGGAUGGUUCAGGGCCAAAGUGGUAUGCAAAGCACAAGGUUCCAGAUGAAAAUGGAAAUCUAGUUCUCGUACCAUCAGUAAUGUGUCAUCAGUGUCAAAGGAACGACAAGGGACGAGUUGUUAGGUGCCAGAAAUGCACUACAAAGCGUUACUGUGUCCCUUGCAUGACAAGAUGGUAUCCUAACAUGACAGAGGAGAUGUUUGCUGAGUGUUGCCCUGUUUGCUUAGACAAGUGCAACUGUAAAUCUUGCUUGCGUGAUGUGCGCCCUAAAGUUAAAGAUAAGAUCAAUUUCAAACCUAAUGAAGAUCAGAAAAUCCGGUAUUCUGUUUAUAUCCUACAUGUGCUUCUUCCGUUCUUGAAGCGUCUCGAUGAGGAGCACAUAAAGGAGAAAGCAAUUGAGUCUGAAAUUCGAGGUUGUUCUUUAUCGGAGCUACAUUUGAAGAAGGCAAAGUGCAGUCAAGAUGAGCGAAUGUACUGUGACUGCUGUAAAACAUCAAUCUUUGACUUGCAUAGAAGCUGCCCUUCUUGUCAAUAUGACCUUUGCCUUCAAUGUUGCUGGGAAUUGCGAGAUGGCAAUCUUCAAGGAAACAAGGAAAAAGUUAUCAUUGAAUUUAAAGAUCCAGGUUAUGAUUACUUGCAUGGGGGGAAGGAGUCUGUUGGUGAGUCUAAGAACAAGAGGGAUACAAGGAAUGUGGUCAGUAAUUUUGUGAAUGCUGCACCAAAGGAAAAGCAAAGUUAUGAAUGGAAGUCUUUUGAUGAUGGCAGAAUCCCUUGUCCUCCAGAAACUAUGGGUGGUUGUGGUUGUGGGAUUUUAGAGUUGAUGCACAUAAAGCCACUGGAUACUGUUUCAAAAUUGUUGGAGAAAGCACAAGAGCUCUUAAAGAUGCACAAACUGGAGGAAGAUAUGAGGGAUAUGCCUGAGAAAUGGUGCACAUGUUCUUCAAAUGGUGGUGAUCAGCAGUUACGAAAAGCUGCUUCCCGUGAAAAUUCAAAUGACAAUUACUUGUAUUGUCCACGUGCUAUUGACAUUAAACCUGGAGAUUUAAAGCAUUUUCAGUGGCAUUGGUCAAAAGGGGAGCCUGUAAUUGUCAGCAAUGCUCUUGAAACUACACUCGGGUUGAGCUGGGAACCCAUGGUUAUGUGGCGUGCUUUUCGCCAGAUUUCAAAUCUCAAUCAUGAUCAGCUCUUGGAUGUAGCUGCUCUUAAUUGUUUGGAUUGGUGUGAGGUUGAUAUAAAUGUUCGUAACUUUUUUAAUUGGUAUACGGAAGGUCAAUAUGAUGAAGUUGGGUGGCCUAAGAUCCUUAAGUUGAAAGAUUGGCCUCCAUCAAGUUUAUUUGAUGAACGGUUGCCACGUCAUGGUGUUGAGUUUAUCACUUGCUUACCCUUCAAGGAAUACACACAUCCACGUGAUGGAUACCUUAAUCUUGCAGUGAAGUUGCCUCCAAAAUCUUGUAAGCCAGACAUGGGUCCUAAAACAUAUAUAGCUUAUGGUGUUCAUCAAGAACUGGGACGUGGAGACUCUGUCACUAAACUUCAUUGUGACAUGUCUGAUGCGGUGAAUGUGUUGACUCAUACUGCAGAUGUGACCCCUGACCUUGAACAUUGUAAAUUAAUAAAGGAGUUGAAGAAGCUGCACAAGGCUCAGGAUGAUAAGGAACUAUUUGGACUGGUAGUGAAGACACAACCUGAUGCUGAUAACACGAAAGCUAGUACUGAGAAAUUAAAUAAAUUGAAAGAAAAAAGAAGGCGCCUAGUUAAAAAACUUGCUGAAUCUAAAGUUGGAAAAAACACGAGUGAUGACAAUGUGGAAGAAACAAGCGACCAUGUUAACAGUGGAGACAAGCGAAAAAGUGGGCACGAAACAGAUUCUUGUCUUGGGACAAGUACUAGUGAUCAAUCAGAUGAAUGUGCAUUGAAGGUGGAAAGUUGCGAAGAAGCUGUGUCUGACACUGGGAAGAGAAAAGCUUCCAUGAAAAAGGAUGAGGGACAAAGUGGAAAUAAAGGAUCUAAAAAGAGGGUCAGGAAAGAAGCGAUAUCCUCUGAUAGUAAAGAAGAUAGCAAUAAUGAGGAAACAGAAGCUCUUGAAGAAGUUGAUAACCUUGAUGAUAUUUCAGGUAGUUGCGUGGAUGGAUUUGAUUUGGGAGAUGGAGGUGCUCUGUGGGACAUAUUUCGGAGGGAAGAUUCGCCUAAACUUGAGGAAUAUCUCAAGAAACACUUUAAAGAGUUUAGACAUAUCUUUUGUCGACCAGUGGAGCAGGUUAUCCACCCAAUUCAUGACCAAACUUUUUACUUAACCAUGGAGCAUAAAAGGAAGCUUAAGGAAGAGUUUGGAAUUGAAGCAUGGACUUUUGUCCAGAAGCUUGGGGAUGCUGUAUUUAUACCUGCUGGUUGUGCCCAUCAAGUUAGAAAUUUGAAGUCAUGUAUAAAAGUUGCACUGGACUUUGUUUCUCCUGAAAAUGUUGGUGAAUGCAUCCAAUUGACAGAGGAUUUCCGUGUUCUUCCCCAAAAUCAUAGGGCUAAAGAAGAUAAGUUGGAGGUGAAGAAAAUGGCACUUCAUGCAGUGGAGGCAGCUGUAAUGGACUUGGAAAAACUCAUCCCCAAAGAGGAAUCUAAAUCUGAAUCUAAACCUGAAUCUGAGGAAUAGGGGGAUGCAACACACAAGGGAGAGAAUUGUUCAGGAAGAAUUUGACUUGCACUCAUUGCAAGAAACUUGGUCACACAAAGUCUUAAUGUUAUAGACAUCAUAGACUUCACAAUAGGGAUGAGCAAAAUAACUGUUGGAAUUGAAGCGGAAUUGGAACCGCAUGCGAAUUUGCAUAAAUUGAUUAUGCAAUUCGGUUUGGGUUUUGGUCCCCCAAAAUCUGAAAAUUGGUUUCGGUUAUUGUGUGUAUGGAGCUCUUGGGUAUCGAUAUUUUCGGUGCUUGGGUGAAGGGUUGAUUAAGCCCAUAAGUGGAACAAAAAGUGCCCGGAUUCCCGCUCCUAUCGACAAAUCCGUAAGACACUCAAAAUGUAGCAUUCAAGUUGAGUUUGUUCAAGUUUUAUGAUGCCCAUUCAUUCAUGAAGAUUAGCGGUGAGCACGGAUAGCGGGUACCCGCUUUUGGAACUGGAACUGCCUUGAACAGUCGGUUUUGGAACUGGAACCGAGGUCACUAGCUAGUUUCUAAAAGUGGGAACCGCCAAAGACUGGUUUUGGUUUUGGUUUCGGUUUCGGUUUUCAUUUUUUAGGAACCGUUACCUGUUCGAACCGGUUCCAAAAUAUUAAAAUUUAAAAAUACUUAGUACUUAAACAAAUUGGUUGUAACAACAUUGAUGACUAAGGGAUUUUUUAGGAGAAUCUAAUUGGAUAUUGGAGGUAACAUGCUAAUAAGUCAUAUUUGCAACUUUUUUUUUUCCCAAAACAAACGGUCUAAUGUGAAUGAAUGUGUAUGUCCGAAAAUAAAACAAUUUGAACUUAAAUGAUGAUAAUAUCUUUUGCAAAGAUAUCAUGUUAAGAUAACAUUAAUAGGUUGAUGGUAAGAACAUGAAUUUUGGUUUACGACUUAUAUUUAGCAACUUGGAUUAUAUUUUAAAACGAUUAUUUUUUUGUUGUUUGUAACUUGUAUCGUAAUGAACUAGUUAUAGUAUUUACUUUUUCUUUCAAUGAAGAAUCAUUUGCUAUUAACGAAUCUAAAAAGAUGAUCUAAGGGUGUUACUCGGUCCUGGAGCUUGGAGCUGGGACCACUAGUCUUGUUCUGGUUUUGAUUCUAACUUCAUAGGAACCGCUUGUUUUGUUUCCGGCAAAAUGAGGAUGAUGAUGAUGUAUUUUUGUUGAAAACACACAAAAAGAAGACAAUGUGCAACAAACUACAAGCUAUACAAGCUAAGGAAGGGAAAUAGUGGUUGGAUUGUUGGAACUCCUUUGAUGUGUUCUAAAUUAAAGACGAUGACGGGGAUGAAUUAGUAUGGAAAAUGCAAGAUUUCCUCUGUGACUAUCAAAGUCAAUAUGUGGACGAACGGUACAAUCUAGUUUACGAAAACUUUAUAAUAGCUGCAAAAAGGAAAUCCAUAUGUUGACUAUAAAAGUCAAUAUGUAGAUGAACGGUACAAUCUAGAUCUCAAAAGAUUUUGCAAAUUACUAUGUUGAUGAAAGAAAUAAGUUGGUAAAUUUUUUUAAGUAGUCCACUUUAUAUAUGUACAUGUGACCAUAG